UCACCAACCAUUGAACGAAGGGGCCGGUGAUCCCUAGCUUCCUUUUCGACGCCAAGACGAGGAGGAGAAGAUUUAGAACCGAGAGGGCGAGGAGAGGAGGAGGAGGAGGAGGGGAGAUGUUGGUUUUUUAUUUGAUCUCGCUUCCACUCACCCUCGGGAUGGUGAUGGUCACGCUGCGGUACUUCGCCGGGCCGGACGUGCCGAGAUACGUGCUCUUCACCGUCGCGUACGCAUGGUUCUGCUCCCUCUCCAUCAUCGUUCUCGUGCCCGCCGACAUCUGGACGACAAUGAUAGGUCAUCAGCAGGGCGGCAUUGCUUUCUUUUGGAGCUGGUCAUACUGGAGCACGUUUCUGCUAACAUGCAGGGCUGUGGUUCCUACCAUUCAGGGUUAUGAAGAUGCUGGAGAUUUCACGGUGAAAGAAAGACUAAAAACUAGCAUUCGACUGAACUUGCUCUUUUACACAAUUGUGGGAUCUAUUGGCCUUUUUGGCCUCAUUCUGCUUGUUAUCAUGCACAGGAAUUGGAGUGGAGGUAUUGUGGGCUUAGCCAUGGCUUGCUCAAAUACCUUUGGGCUGGUGACAGGUGCAUUUCUUCUUGGUUUUGGUUUAAGUGAAAUUCCUAAGAGCAUUUGGAGGAACGCGGAUUGGAAUAACCGUCAAAAAGUUCUAUCUCAUAGGGUUGCGAAAAUGGCUGUAAAGCUUGAUGAUGCUCAUCAAGAAUUCUCCAAUGCAAUUGUGGUUGCACAAGCCACGUCCACUCAGAUGUCAAAGCGUGACCCUUUGAGGCCUUACAUGGAUGUUAUUGAUAGCAUGUUGCAUCAAAUGUUGCGGGAAGAUCCAUCUUUCAAGCCAUCAGGAGGUAGAUUGGGAGAAAAUGAUAUGGAUUACGAUACUGAUGAUAAAACCAUGGCUGCACUGAGAUGCCAACUUAGGAGAGCUCGAGAGGAGUAUUACAGAUACAAAAGCGAAUAUAUGACUUAUGUCAUGGAAGCCCUUGAAUUGGAAGAUGCGAUAAAAAAUUAUGUGUGUCGUGAUACAAAUGGAUGGAAAUAUGUUUCAAGUUUCAGAGGAAGUCGAAGAGGCAAUAUAGGAUCCUUUCUUGAUAUUAUGGAGUUCUUAUGGCGUUGUAUACUAAGUAAGCAGCUCCAAAAACUCUUGGCUGUGAUUCUUGGUUGCAUGUCAGCUGCUAUUCUACUGGCUGAGGCCACUUUGUUACCAAGUGGAGUUGAUUUAUCUCUUUUCUCUGUUCUCAUACGUGCUGUGAGAAAACAAGAAGUGCUAGUCCAGAUAGCUGCAUUUGUUCCACUAAUGUACAUGUGUAUUUGCACAUAUUAUUCCUUGUUCAAGAUUGGGAUGCUAAUGUUCUAUUCAUUAACUCCAAAGCAAACAAGCUCAGUCAGCUUGCUUAUGAUAUGCUCAAUGGUUGCGCGAUAUGCACCUCCCAUUUCUUACAAUUAUCUUAAUCUCAUCCGUCUUGGUGGUGAUGCCAAAACUAUUUUUGAAAAGAGAAUGGGGAAUAUUGAUGAUGCUGUCCCCUUUUUUGGAAGAGGAUUUAAUAAAAUCUACCCACUUAUUAUGGUUAUCUACACCCUGCUGGUUGUGAGCAAUUUCUUUGGCCGAGUAAUUGAUUACUUUGGAAGCCGGAUAUGGUUCAAGUUUCAAAGUGAGCAAGAAGACAUGGAUGGGUUUGAUCCCUCUGGUAUGAUUAUCCUUCAGAAAGAGAGGUCUUGGCUUGAGCAAGGGUGUAAAGUUGGUGAGCAAGUUAUACCUUUAGCAAGAAAUUUUAACGGUACAAGCAUGGAUGUUGAAUCUGCCACUGUACCACUGGAUAGAAGCAAAGUGGAGAUGAGACCAGUGGCAACUCCAUCCAUGGGAAGUGGAAAAGGGAGUCUAUCAAAACCUCUAAAAGAAGAGGGCCAUAGAUUAAGAACAAGCCUUGAAACCAUAGCAAGCAAGUAUGCAAUGAUUAGACGGCAGCAAGGCUGGCAGUCAUCAGUGUCAAAAGAAAAUGAAACAUCACCUGCUUCAGUAUCUUUGCUAAAUGCAGGCAAUGCUGAAAAGCAGUCUGAUGGCUUGCCAAUGGGUCCGUCAACUGGGUUAGCCUCUACAUGGGCGUCUAUGAAGACUGGAUUACAGAAUUUCAAGGCCAACAUAGGGGCAAGGAAGUUUGUUCCGCUGCAUCAAGCUCUGCAAACUCUGCAUUCCCGUGUCUCCUCUCCAGAGUCCCUUGAUGAAAUCUUCCAAAGAUUGAGGCAACAUCCAAAGGGAGACCAAGAUUUGGACAUAGAUUUUGAUGUUGAUGAUGAUGAUAUGUAGGCAACAAGUUCAGGGUUAACCAGAUAGUACAGGACAUCAUUCAUCUAGAAAAGCAGACAUAAAUGGUUACAUGGCACGGGUGUCACAGUGGGGGAUUCUGAGCAAAUGUACAGAUUCAAUGGCCAGUUAGUAUGAAACCAAUGUUUUUUUUUGGUUUGGAUCGUCUGCAGGUCAUGCAGGAUAUUUUGGAUUACAUUAUGAAAGCUGUAUAUGUUUACUGCAGAGCGUCCAAGGGUUGUACGUGGCCAGAAUCCAGGAGAUCUAGGACUAUCUCCAACUCCAGCCUGCCUCUGGAGAGAUGUAACUUGUAUGUCAAUGAAGUAGGGAAGUCUAUCAAUGGCUUGUGGCCAGCUGAGGCCUUGUUACUUGGAUUUGAACACUUAAUUCAACGAAAUAUAGAUUUCUUCUUUUAUUUGUUUCCAAAAUGGGGGGUUGCUUGGAAGAUUCCUAUUUUUGAAUUCAAGUGUAAGCUAGUUUCUUGGAAGUUUUCCAUUGCCCCACGUAUAUGAUAAUGAUGAUAUUUUCUGUUUGACCA